AUCAUUAGCAUCAAUUAGCAGCUUCAGCAUCCUGUCUUUACCUUUAAUCACACUCUUUUAAGAUCUCUCCUUAAAAACCUUUUAAUUUUCAACCAUCCAACAUGCGUUACACUAUCCUCGCCUUCGCUAUCGGCGCCAUUGCCGCUCCCCUCACCGAUUAUCCUACUGCACUCUGCCCUGCUGGACUAUACAGCAACGCUCAAUGCUGUGCCACUGACAUCCUUGGUGUCGCCGCCUUGAACUGCCAAAAUCCAACCACUACUCCCACUAGCACGGGUGACUUCAUCAGCGGAUGUGCGGCUGUGGGUCAGCAAGCCCAAUGCUGCGUGAUCCCAGUUGCAGGCCAGGCUCUCCUUUGCCAGGAUGUUAGCCCCAGUGGUAACGGAGGCAUCAAUGGCGAUGCUAACGGAGGCAACACCGGUAGUGCUAACGGUGGUGCUAAUGGAGGCAACAACGGCAGCGCUGAUGACGGUGGUGCCAACGGAGCUACCGGAGGUGGUGCCCAAGCCGUUCAGACUCCUACUUCCUCUCCUGCUUCCCAGGCAACCCCCUGCCCUUCUGAUGCCCCUAACUAG